UGAAAGAGAAGCUGAGGGAGUAAAUCUUGUCUUCGCGAUCAGUGUCCGAAAGUGCGAUCGUCAGUGAGAUCAUCGGAAUUAGAUCGUUCGUAAUAUCGAUUUCGCGCCGUUUGCUCCCCUAUUUCCAAUCUUCAUCUACAUACCCCCUGUAGUCGCGAUUUUUCGCGUCUGACUCGCGAGAGCAGUACGGCCACAUUUAUGGGGGUGUCCGGAGAGUGUGCGAUCAAGGGCAGCAAAAGCAGCCACCCCUGUCACUGCUGCAGCCACGUCGGCAGUUCCGGCGCGAGCGUGCAACAGUCGCAACAGCAGCAGCAACAGCAGCAGCAGCAAUCCUACGAGCCGUAUCACCAUCACCACCAUCAGCACCAUCAUCAUCACCAUCAUCAUCAUCAUCACGGCAAGCACGCACCGCCAAGCGCGUCGCCGCAGCACAACAACAGCGGCGACAAUAACAUCCUGGCACCGUUGCGCAGCAAGAUGAAAGUGCUCAAGAAACUCAAGCGCAAGAUGGGUCUAGCUCCCAGAUCUUCGAACGCGGGUACCAACAAUUUGCCACCGUUGACGUUUCACCACGUGCACGGUGACAACAUCAGGCUGUGCAAUGGCGGUACAAUCGCUCGAAGACACGAAAGUUUUUGCAAGGGUGUCACUUUUAGCGCCAGACCGGUGCGAGUAGGCGAGAAGGUCUGCGUGAAGUUCCUGGAGAUUUCCGACAAUUGGAGCGGCGUGAUUCGUUUCGGCUUUACCAGCAAUGACCCGAUCAAUCUCCGAAGUGGUUUACCAAGGUACGCGUGCCCAGAUUUGACAAAUAAGCCAGGUUACUGGGCUAAAGCCCUCGCCGAGAGGUUCGCGGAGAGAGAUACGGUACUCUUCUAUUACGUUACAUCGGCUGGUGACGUGCAUUUUGGUGUCAAUGGCGAGGAGAAGGGUCUCUUCUUCAGCGGCGUCGAGACUCGAGGUCCGCUCUGGGCGAUCAUCGACGUCUACGGUAACAGCACCGCGAUUGAAUUUGUCGAUCCGAAUCGCCAGCACUUCAACAACAUACGUAGGGGCGCCGAGCACAGCAACGAGGACAAUGCGCAGCAUAGUAGGCACUCGGCCAUGGACGACGCUAGUAAUGCCGGUCGAGAUGUCGAAAGGAUCAUCGUGCCGUCUAUGCAGAACAUGUCGAUUCAUCAUGAACCUGACGUGGAGUUACCCGGUCUCAGAUUUCAACCCCCUGGCGUCCUUUUCACGCCUCUGCCUUUCCACUCGACUCGGGGUAGGAACAUCUGCUUCAGCAACCAGCAGUGCGUGGCGACGCGUACGGACACGGAGUUCUGUCACGGCUACGCGUUCACGAGUCGGCCGUUGUUAUUGGGAGAGCGAUUGGUCGUGCAGAUUCUCUCUACAGAACCAAUGUAUGUUGGCGCUUUAGCCCUAGGUCUGACUUCGUGCGACCCGGCACGGCUAACGGCAGAGGAUUUGCCGGAUGAUAGCGACUUGCUGUUAGAUCGUCCUGAAUACUGGGUGGUCUCCAAAGACGUGGCGUCGAGUCCGCAGCCAGGUGACGAAAUUGCCUUCACGGUCACGCAUUAUGGCGAGGUGCAGAUGAGCAAGAAUGGUGGUGCGCCCAAUGUCGUCAUGCACGUCGAUCAGAGCCUUCAAUUGUGGGCGUUCGUGGAUGCCUAUGGAAGCACUCAACGUGUCAGAAUGUUGGCCAGUAGACCGACCUCACCGCCUCGGCAACGUCCGAGCAAUCCCUCACCUGCCAAUGUCAUUCAACAGCAGCAGCAACAGCAGCAGCAGCAGCAGCAGCAACAACAACAGCAGCAACUUUCGAAUCAUAGCAACGCCGCCACGGAAUUGUCUAGAUUUUCCGAGAUGGUGCAGUUCAAACCAGCGGUGGGCGGCGGAACAGUACUCGUCGUGAAUCUACCGCCCCAAGCCGGUUAUCCGACACCACCGCCGCCCACGCCACAGCCGAUUUACGCUUCCGCGACGCACAGGAAUUCAUCAACGCAACCGGUGCAUCUUUCGGCGGCAGCGACUGUUCCUGCGCCAGUUCCACAUCCUGGAUCCUCCAGACAAUCCUCGCCACCGUUGACCGGAACAAUGGCCAGUACCGGCUCGUCGACGUACGUCGACCCGGUGACCUACCAGAGCCUGGAUGGCACUCUGACAUCGUCACGCGCGACUUCAUCUCAUCUGCAUCAAUGGGGCGAAGGCCUGCAGCCGACGUUGAGCGAGUGCUCUAUCUGCUACGAGCGCAGUAUCGAUAGCGUGCUUUACAUGUGCGGCCACAUGUGUAUGUGUUAUACCUGUGCGAUUCAACAAUGGCGUGGCAAGGGUGGCGGUCACUGUCCGCUUUGCCGAGCGCCAAUUCGCGACGUCAUCCGUAUUUAUCGUUCUUGAACAAUUCGGGAGUGACCGAAGAAUGGAGAGAGAAAGAGUGUGCGGACGUCUUCCUGGUUCUCAGCGCCGUCAUCGCCACCGCCACCGCGUCCAUCACCGUGCUUCCGUCGUCUUGGUUUCCUUCCGCGUCGAAUCCGUCGCGCUUCAUCGCCAUCGCGCUUCUCGCCCGCCGCCUUCAUGAUUACCGGAACGAACAAAAUCGAAGCGGAAUUCGCCGCCUUCAUACUGCCGUAUCUCUUUUUUCUAUUAAAACAAACGAGGCACGUUCCAGCAAGUAAAACAAGUAGAUAAACCAAGAAACGAGAUUUUUCCCAUAGGAUCUUCUUGGGGAUUGCGAAGCGCAAAGUUGCGCUGAAUCGAAUAUUUAACUCAAUUAAUAUUUAAGGCAGUUUUCGUCAUGUUAGCGUAAUCGCGUCGUUGUCAAUUAACACAUUAAUGGGUGGACCAUGCACAAAGAAAGCAGCGGUGCUUUAAAAAUCGCGAUCACUGCCACCUCUGUCGAUCAAGCGAGAGCGCGUAGAUGAAUUGCCUCGGAUACGAACAAUAGAAAGAGAGAAAGAGAGGGAGAGAGUGAGAGAGAAUGAAAGCGAUAAAAGGCUGUAAUGUUGGUUAAAUUUGCUUGUAUAUCAAUAUUCUGUCUGCUAAUUUGUAAAUGAGAGAAACGUGAAUGACUGCGAAUUGUGUGAUUGUGUUAUCGACAAAAAGAGUUAUCGAUUCUAGAUAUUUUCACAUGCGACAUAAUCGUCAUUAUACCAUUACCAGUUACUACUAUCACUCUAAACUAUUGCUAUUCUACUACUAUUACUAUUACU